AUGACGAGGCGACGGGAUACGCAAACGGUACAGGGAGCGCCUUUCCAGGCCCUCAAUAAAAAGUCCUAUUUCCACCCAUUCCAGUCAUCGUCUGCCACAUUUGCCGCCACCGAUCCAUCCUGA